GCUGUCCCUUCCCUUCAUUAUUCCUGUCGCUCCUUCUCUCCUUCUCCAGCAGAACAAUCACACUCUCUUACAUCCAAUCUCGUAUACCGAGUACUGCGCCGGGUGCAGCUCCAUCACAAUCUCUACUCUAGGUCCUUUCACUCUCUACCCAGACCGAUCACUCGACAGCCACUCAUUCCUUCGAACGAUUCGCCCAUCAUGUUCACCUGCCACGUUCGCAACCGCUCCCUCAUUCCCGUCGCUACGAUUCGAGACAUGGAAAAGACGGAAGAGGAGCAAUAUCACAUUCAGCAAGAGAUGGAAGUGGCAGACGCAGAGGAGCAGGCACACCUCUCUCAAUCUCUCCGACACACUCCUCGCCAACGACGCAACCUCGUCAUGAUCUAUCUCCUCUUCCUCGCCGAGGCCAUCAUGUCCUCCUCUCUCCACAUGCAAAUCUCCAUCCUCCUUCCUUCAGCGUCCACUGGCUGUAUCACCAGCAACACCUCUUUUCUGCGCAGCAUUUUGCUGUGUGCGUAUUAUCUGGGCUCCGCGACUGGUCUCGUUUGGGGUCUCACCGCGGACCGCAUUGGAAGGAGGAAAGUGGCUUUGUUGGGACUGUUCGGAUCAUUGAUAUGUUGUGUUAGCAUGGGCUUCGCAACAACUUUUGCUGCGUUUUGCACUUUGAGAUUCUUGGCUGGCGUGGUCGGGUCUGCAGGAACAGUGGCCGGGCUUGCUAUGCUGGCAGAUGUCGUGCAUGGGAGUGACAACAGGACAAAGGUCGUUGCAAGACUACCUGUCGUUGCCGUGUGCGGCCAGAUUGGUCCAUUGAUUUCUGGACUGAUCGGAGGAAUGGUGAAUGGAACAGGAGUGCUCGAUGAGUACCCUGCACUGGCUGGGCAGGUCACAUGCGGAGUGUUGAUGCUGAGCAUCGCCAUUGCUGAGACUCUGCUGCUCGAUGAAACACUCCCAGUCCUUGCCACAAAGAAGCAAGUGCUGUCCGAAGACUUCACCGAGUCGGAGAAGGCUACCUUCCUCGGUCGAUCCCACUCCAACUCCAGCUCCGAAUCCCUCUCCAUCUCCAUCAUCGAAGCCCUUGCGGAUGACGCUUCUCUCCCAAAGCCAUCCCACAUCUCUGUCUCCCAACUCCUGACCGCACCCUCCAUCCUCAUCCUCCUCGCAUCCUUCUCCACACUCUCCCUCCACUCUUCCACCUUUGACAUCCUCCUACCUCAUAUCGGCCACAGUCCCACCCACAACAUCGGACUUGGAAUUCCUUGCGAUUGGCUGCUGCCUCUGAUGCUAGUCAUCAAGGUCGCAGCAGCCAUGAGAGUGAUGCGAGCCAUCCCACCUCUCGUUGCGAAAGUUGGUCUGCUCCCGAUUUACCGCCGCACGACCGUCGUUUUCCCGGUCAUAUACGUCCUCGUUCCCGCAGUCGCCUUACUUGCUACGUCAUGCGACUCUGCUGUUCUGGCCGCUGUUUUCAACGCCCUCGCUACACUCAUCAAAACGACCAUCGCUCUUGCUGCGCAAGUCUUGGUCCUCCUACUCGCCCUCUCCGCGGCGCCGGACGCUGCAUCAACUGGCACUCUCAUUGGCGUCAUUUCGAUAUCAGAACUGUUCAAAGCUCUCGCUGUCGGAAUUGCCGGCAUCAGCUACUACCUUUCAGACGACUACUCCGUGGUCAUUAUCAACGGAGCGCUGUGGGCGAUUCUGGCCAGUCUUGCGGUGAUGGGUGCAUUGCUGAC